CGAUCCCUAACUUUGGUGGAGAAAUGGCUUCUCCUGCUGGAUGUGAACACUAUGUCCGCAGCUGUUUAUUGAAAGCACCUUGCUGUGGGAAACUGUAUGUGUGCCGACUGUGCCAUGAUGCAGAGGAGAACCAUCAGAUGGACCGUUUCCAGGUCAGAGAGGUGCAGUGCUCUGACUGCCACACACUGCAACAGGCACAGCAGACCUGCCAGCAGUGUCAUGUGCAGUUUGGGGAGUAUUACUGUGACAUAUGCCACUUGUUUGACAAGGAUAAGAAGCAGUAUCACUGUCAGCUCUGUGGAAUAUGCAGGAUUGGGCCAAGGGAGAAGUAUUUCCACUGUGGAAAGUGUAAUUUGUGUUUAGCCACUAGUCUGCGCGGAAACCACAAGUGUGUGGAAAAUGUUUCGAGACAAAACUGCCCUGUAUGUAUGGAGGAUAUCCACACCUCCAGAGUAAGAGCACAAGUUCUUCCAUGCGGCCACCUUCUACACAAGACAUGCUUUGAUGACAUGAUCAGAACUGGUGCGUACCGCUGCCCUCUGUGCAUGCACUCCGCCUGGAACAUGGAGGACCACUGGGAACAGAUGGACAAAGAGAUCGCCCAGUCACCCAUGCCCACUGAAUACCAGGAUGCCACUGUCAAGAUCAUAUGUAACGACUGCCAGGCCCACUGUAUGGUGCCUUUCCACGUACUGGGGAUGAAGUGCAGCAGCUGUGGCUCCUACAACACGGCCCAGGAUGGUGGACUCAUUCAGCAGCCUCGACAACAGCAGCCGGAGCCAGACACAGAGACCGAGGGAGAAACAGACACUGAGCCAGAGCAGCACGAUCACCCGGAGUGACCUCUCUGACCCAUAUUAUAUUUACAUCGGCUGAUGGGGUUAUUCAAUGACAUACAUGAGUGUAACAGUAGAGAAAGAUUCAGGUAUGAUUUUGUCAAUGCUAAUGGUGAAAAACACAAGCAACAAAUUUGCAAUGCCCAGACAAUAACAUGUAAGGCUCUCACCCCAGCCUGAGUGGUAUACUACAUCAGGAUCCCACACACUAUUCUCCAUGAAACAAGCACUUUAAUGGAAAGCAUCAGAAUUGGUUGACGCUAAUCUUAUUUAUUAAGAAAACAAGAUUUCUCCAUGGAAGUUUUUGUCAAAAACAUCACAAUCAGCCUCCUCUUUGUUUUUUGUUACUGGUGGAAGUUAAUGUCUGGAAUUAUAGAGAAAUGCUUUCAAUCCCCACUAACUUCAACUGGCAUGCUUGGACUAUUUUCUCAGUUGCAUGAAUCAGUGUGACAGCUUUGUUUUUGUUAAUAAGGGAUUUGUUAUUAAGGGGUUAAUAAUUGAAUUGUUCAUCACACUCUACCUCUCUGUUUUGUGUUAUACCCAUUACUGUAAUAAAAGUAGACUCCUGAUAAGCUGUUGAUUCAAAGGGCCUGGGUAGUCUUCACCCCUCUUUCUCUUGAGCAGUGAAGACUGUUUCUGGGACAGAACUAUUCAUCUCUCUUAAAUCCUAUGCUGGCACAACUCUCAGUAAAGUGAUCCUCCUCUAUCUUAUUAAAUAAAGUGUUGUCAAUACACAUUGCCAAUUUGCCAUCAAUAAAGUUUGGCUGAAAUAUGUUUGGAGAACAGAUGCAGGUGCUUUGGGAUUGUACAGUAUUGGAGCAUAGAUAACAUUUUUGAUUUUAAAAAACAUGUAAAUAAUACAAAAUGAAGAAUGAUACUCAAGAGACUAAACACUGAAUAUAUUUCUGUUUAAACAGCAUAUUUUCUAACUAAUUAAACCAUUGUAGGACUC